AUGUGCAAUAAAUGGGGCAUUAAGCAAACAACGUCAUCGCCAAGAUAUCCCAGAUCAAAUGGGCUAGCCGAACGAAUGGUACAAACAGUGAAAGCAACACUCAAAAAGUGCAUCGCUAACAAUGAUGACAUCAAUUUGGCAUUACUACACAUAAGAGCAACGACGACAGAUUGCAAAUUACCGUCUCCGGCUGAAAUGUUAUUUGGAAGACCAAUACGGACCAAUCUUCCCAGCUACCAUCCAACAAAUGCACCACCAGAAAAUCAUGAGCGCCUGUUAGAGCGCAGUGACAAAAUGAAAAGCAAUCAUGACAGACAUGCUGGCAAAGAUAUUCCACCACUACAUUUGAAUCAACGAGUGCGCACAUACAAUGCAGAAAAACCCCAAACUGCCAAUUAG